GAUUUAAAAAGGAAAGAGCCGAAAGGCCUUUCCGCUCUAUAUUUUCAUUCUGCAUAGUUCUUACAGCCUGUUCAGAAGUUGCACCCUUUCCAUUCUCUCUUCUUCAGCUCUAUUAAAAUGGUAACUGAUGGGGUAGUUCUAACUGCACCAUUAUCACUGGAGGGAGAGGAUUCUGAUGCAAAUUAUAGAGCUCCUAAUGUUCUUAAACGAAUUUUAAGUCUACUUAAUAAUGUACGGCCAGGAUCUGAUCUCACUCGACUUCAGUUGCCACCAAUGUUCAACCUUCCAAAGUCUCAGCUUCAAUGUUAUGGAGAAUCUGUGUAUUGCAAUAACAGUGACAUUUUGAGCAAAUGUGCUAAACAAGAAACUUCUCUAGAGAGAUUCACAAGUGUUGUAGCAUGGAGCAUAUCCACUAUGCGUCCUUUGAUGUUCGGCGUGGCUCCUUACAAUCCUGUCCUCGGAGAGACUCACCAUGUCUCGAGGGGAACUCUGAACGUGUUGCUCGAACAGGUUUCGCAUCACCCACCAGUGACUGCUCUUCAUGCAACAGAUGAGAAAGAUAAGGUGGAGAUCAUAUGGUGUCAUCGUCCCGUACCAAAAUUCUAUGGCACUCAUAUUGAAACUGAGGUGCAAGGAAAAAGGCAGUUGAAGAUCCUUGAUAGGAAUGAAACUUACAUAAUGAACUCACCAAACCUUGUGAUCAGAUUCUUCCCUAUGCCCGGUGUUGACUGGUUGGGAAAUGUCACAAUCAAAUGUCAAGAAACUGGCCUUGAAGCUGAGUUAAACUACAGAGGCAAUUCGUUUUUACCUCGACCAUCUGUCCAUCGAUCUAUAAAAGGAAAAAUCGUCAUGUCAUCUUCUUCCAAGACUAUUUAUGUUGUUGAUGGCCAUUGGGAUAGAACUGUCACAGUGAAGGAUAUUUUCAGUGGAAAAGUAACAGUAAUCUACAAUGCAAAGGAGGCGAUUUCAGGACUGAAGACUCCUAUUGUUAAUGACCCGAAGGGCAUCCUGCAAAGUGAAUCAACUUUGGUAUGGGCUGAGGUAAGCAAAAAUAUCCUUCAAAAAUGCUGGGCUAAAGCAAAAGAAGCAAAGACAUGUAUUGAAGAAAGGCAGAGAGAGCUUGCUAGAGAAGCAAAGUUAAAAGGAGAAAGUUGGAUUCCCAAGCAUUUCACUAUAUCUCACAGCAAGGAAAGUGGAUGGGACUGCUUACCAAAUCAGAAGUUGGUCUGUUCCGCUCCAAUAAUUGUACCUCCGGUCGAGAGCCAUGAUGGUGGAGAAUGUAAUUAACCUUAAUGGCAUGCUUGGCACGAUGAAUUGAAAAGCACCGAAUAUUGUUAAAGAAAAAUUGUUGAAAUCGUGCUCAUUAUCAUCUGCAAUAUUCGCAUUGCCUACUCUUUAUACUUAUUCAUACCCAUACACUCACAAAAUAGUAUUGGUAGCUAUAGUUAUUUAGCUCU